CUGGCCGCCUUAGCGCGGGGUCCUCACUCACAGCGGACGGCGCUUUCAAGAUGUCGACCAAGAAUUUUCGCGUCAGUGAUGGUGACUGGAUCUGCCCGGAUAAGAAGUGUGGGAACGUUAACUUUGCCAGAAGGACUAGCUGUAACAGAUGUGGACGCGAAAAAACAACUGAUGCUAAAAUGAUGAAAGCUGGUGGUACGGAAAUAGGAAAAACUCUUGCAGAGAAGAGCCGUGGCUUGUUUAGUGCUAAUGACUGGCAAUGCAAAACUUGUGGAAAUGUAAACUGGGCCAGGAGAUCAGAGUGUAACAUGUGCAACACUCCAAAGUAUGCCAAACUGGAGGAAAGGACUGGGUAUGGUGGAGGAUUUAAUGAGCGAGAAAAUGUGGAAUAUAUUGAACGUGAAGAGUCCGAUGGCGAAUAUGACGAGUUUGGACGUAAAAAGAAAAAAUAUCGUGGAAAACCACCUACAGCCAAGUCUGGACUGAAGAGUAAUGAACAAGAUGCUUGUCCUCCAGAAGAAGAUGAUGAAGAAGAAGAAGAAGGGGCUGAUCUCUCAAAAUAUAAACUGGAUGAUGAUGAUGAUGACGACGACGAUGAUGAUGAAGAAGAUGAAGAAGGGGAUCUAUCAAAAUACAAUCUUGAUGCCAGUGAAGAAGAAGAUGACAGUAAAAAUAAGAAACCAGUGUCUAGCCGUAAAUCUCAUUCCCGAUCGUCCCGCUCCUCUUCUCACACAAGCUCAAGGUCUAGGUCCAGGUCCCGAUCAAGAAGCUCUUCCAGUUCCCGCUCAAGAUCUCACACCAGGUCAAGAGAACCUUCUAAAUCUCGUGGGUCGAGAUCAAGAUCCAGCUCCAGGUCCCAAAAGGACUCUCGUUCUCCGAGAAAAAGAUCUUACGCCAGUUCCCGAUCUUCAUCUCCUGAGAGAGGCAAGAAGAGAAGUCGCUCUAGAUCCUCCUCUGGUGACCGCAAAAAAAAGAGAUCAAGAUCACGGUCUACAGAAAGACGUCGAGGUUCAUCGUCUGGAUCAUCUCAUUCUGGCUCCCGUUCUUCGAAUUCCAAAAAGAAAUAAUACACUUUUAGAAAAACCAAUAUCAAUUCCAGUGUAAUGCAUGAGGCAACAUCAGAAAAAAAUAGUCUUAUCUGAUGAAAAGUGGCAAAAAAGAUCAAUUGAUAGUAGAGGUGCAUGGUCUUUGUGCUUCCUCAGCUACAACUGCAGCAAGCUUUUCCAUAUAACAAUAGCAUUUUAAGCCAUAAGAAAAUGUUUUUUACCCUUCUGUUCUUGGAAUACAGUGCAACAAAUCGCCAUUGCCUUUCCUUUAUCCAUUUUUUGUUUGUAUAAUUAAUAGCAUGACGUGAAAUGUGAAUAUUUUUACAAUAAUUAGUGUGCCCAUAUCUCCAACCCCAUUUUCUUUUCUCUUAAUUUUUCUUCCUUAUGGCUUAAAAUGCUUUUUUUUUUUUUUUUUUUUUUUUUUUUGGAUCCUCCUCAAAACUAGAUUUAUAAAUGUUGCAGGCCUAUUUGUUCUAAAGAAAAUGUAUAUCAACUGGUGGUAUUACAAGGUAAGUAUUAGGUAUUUAUAAUGAGGACAGAAACAAAGUUUCAUGACUAAAUGCCCAGAAUGAACAUUUUCUUUUUUUUUUUUAAAAAGGAUCAUCAUGUCUACCCAGAUUUUAGAAAAAAAAUUACAUUUCAGUUGUCCUGACCAG